UUGAUCUUGAUUUUCGCGGGUACAUGGACUUCCGGAAAUAACACGGGACGAUGUGGCUUCUAACUUCUCUGUCAAAUCCAGAUGUGCGGCAUGUACUCUUGGUGGGAAAGAGUUACAUUGUGGGGCGGAAGGACUGUGAAAUCCUUGUGGAGAAUGACGCUGCGGUCAGUCGUAAACAUGCCGAGCUGACAGUAACCCACCCGGAGGUUAAUCUGAGCAAACCUUCAUUACUGCCGACCUUGUCCAUCAAGGAUCUCUCUAAAUAUGGCACGAUGCUCAACUCGAGCAAAGUUCAAGGUCAGGCAACGGUCAAGGAUGGAGACGAGGUCACGUUUGGUUCACCAAAGUCAGCUUUCAUAGCCGUGUACGAGCCAUUCGUAGUUUCCACUUCCUGUCUGAGUCCUCCGUUGAAGAAGCAGGUUCGCCAAGCAGUGAUGCGGUUGGGUGGUCACAUCGUAGCGGACUGGUCGCGGCAUUGCACUCACCUUGUCAUGACUUCCAUCAGCGUCACAAUAAAGGUGGUGUGUGCCAUGGUGUCCACUAAACCGAUUGUCUCCCCUGAUUUUUUGGACGCCUAUCUGCGAUCACUAGAGAACGGUAAAGAACAGCCAAAUCCUGAGAGUUAUCUGCCUACUGUAUCAGAAUCUCAAGUCGAUCCCACUGAAGUUAGUUUCACCAACGAUCCUCGUCGCAAGACAAUUUUCCAAGGAAAAACAUUCAUCUUUCUCCAGCAAAAGCAGUUCCAGAAGAUGAGUCUGGCAGUAGAACUGGGGGGUGGGAUGCCUUUAUUGAUGGAGAACCGCCCCGAGGAACGGGGAGAGGAAGCUGUCCUCACACAAAAAGACACAGUCGUCAUGAACUGUGGUCCUGAUGGUGGUACGUCAAGCCAGUGGAAAGAAUGGUACAAAUAUGUGGAAAAGACGCUUGCUAGGCAUAAAAGACACAUGAGUCAGGAUGCUGAGCUGGGAUUGGCUGUGUUACAUUGUGAUACAGAACAAUACUGUAAUCCCUGUGUCGACUUUGCGAGUCAGAUGGUGACCCGACUCCCCAGCCAGUCUCUGUCACAGGCCCCUGUAUUCACUCAGACACAGAGAGUGAAACAAGAGAAGACAACUCCACCAUCAAGUUCUGUACAGCAUAAAUCUUCACCUGCUCCACUCAGUGUAAAAGGCAAAGAGUCUCCAGGAACAAGAGUGUCAGGUCAAGGUCACAGAGACACAGCCACAACUUCUAAAUCAAAAGGUCAAGGUCAUACUUCCAUGACUUCUGAACCAAAAGGUCAAAGUUUGCUAACAGACAGAUUGCAUAAUUCAAUUGAUAUAGCAGCGUCACCCUCUCCUAAAAAGAAACCAGUGAAAUCAAAAUUAUCACCAACCAGAAGAAGUCCAAGGUCAAGGUCACCAUCUCCAGCUCCUGAUAAAGGUGAAUCUUUAAAUCUCAGGUCAAGGUCACCAGUAUCACCAGUUUCAAAAAGGUUGAAUCUUCAAUCGUCUCCUGUUCGUGAAAUUGUGACAGAUACCUCAACAUCACAGGGACCUUUUGCAAAGAAAGGGGGUAAAUGUAGCCCCAAAAGCUCUAAAAACAACACAAUGGACAUUGUUGUUAAAAAAGAGAAAGUCGUGCAAGAACCAAAGUCUCGACCCGGAAAGAGACAAAUUAUUGAGGAUGAUUCAGAUGAGGACUACGGUUUUACUAGAAAAUCUAAAAGAAAACGCGAUGAAGUUCAAAAUGAUGAUGACCCGUUCGAUUGGUCAAGUCGUAAAGGUGUUGUGAAAGAAUUAGCAAGUUCUAACAGAGGUUUGAAAAAAGAAAGAGACGAAGAAGUCGUCAUAAUGGACUCUGAAUCUGAGACCGAGAGCAACAGAGGUCAAAGGUCAAUGUCAAGUAAAGGUCAUGAGGUGAGAGUUUCUGAUUCAGAUUCAGAUUCUGGGACAAAAUGGACAGGUAAAGGAAAAAAUAGGUCACCCAAGGGUCGUAAUUUUCAGCAGAAAAAAGGUAUAGUAGAAAUAGUUGAGGAAUCGCAAAAAACAGGAAAAAAGAAGUUAGACGAUUCAUCAGAAGAUGAGGAUAAAGGUCAAAGGUCAAGAGUAAAGGUCAAAGAAGAACCUGGAAUUAACUCACCUGCAACCUCCUCUAGAGGGCGCCACACCAGGAUGGAGGAACGAGAAGAUGAACAGACGGGCAGACAGGAAAUGAACACCAAACAGGAGAGGAUAACUCCACGCAAACCUAUCUCGGACAGAACGUCGGUUCAGGGAACAGUACAUGCCCGAACACAGAGGCAAGAGAAUGGGAGAGAAACACCAUCUGUUCCAGGAUUCCUGUCAGCAGUACGUGGACAGGCUGAGGAAGAAGAUAAUUACCAUGGAAACUAUGUGAAGGAGGAGGGGGUCCCUACUGACCUAGUCCAGACCGUUUUUGUUGACCUUGUGACCCGACGACCUUCACAACCUCAAAACUCUCCUGGAAGGUCAGAAAGGGACGUUCCUGCAGGAUAUUCGCGAUGGAAGGGCUGUAUUGUCAAAAACUUCCAAGAAAUUCAAGAAGGUGCUGGUGUUGCUGGCCUAGACAGACUUCCAAGUAUCAUUGGUGGCAGUGAUCUGGUUCCACACGUAAUAUCUCAGCGCCGUGAACUUGACGAGUGGUUCAAGGAAGCUCAGCAGGCGGAGAGUCAACAAUCUGAGGCUAAUAGACGCGCACAGGAACUCUUUGAGUGGGAACCUCGAUCUCAUUCUAGUAACCGAUCUCGUUGAUAAGAUACUUGUCCAGUCAUGUAUCUGGUCAGAACUUAACCAGAUACAUUUGUGAACAUCGUGAUUUACUCACGCCGGCAGCUGAUCAAAUUGACAAGCCUAAUGGAGUAAAAGUCACAUACUACAACUUUCCAUGGUGAUACACGACGUUAAAAAUAUGUUUUCAGAUGUGCUGUGAUGGCUAACAGUGAUACACGGAUACGCUUGGUUAUUGAAAUAUAACAACUGGUCAACAUUUAUGAAUUAGCACUGUUUGACAGAAUAGAGUUACAAAAUCAGAUUUCUAGAUUUUUUUAAGUGAAUCACUUGUUUAUCAUCAAUAAUUAAAUUUGCGUUUGAUUUCA